AUGGAUACAACAAAGAGCAUUGAAGAUGUUGUUAAUGUUGAUGUAGAGGCUGCAAAAGAACUUCUUGGUUUAGGUCACCGCUAUUUAGAUGUAAGGACCAAUGAAGAGUUCAACAAGAGCCACAUUGACAAAGCAGUGAACGUUCCUUACAUGUUCCUCACACAAGAAGGGAGGGUGAAAAAUGAAGAGUUUUUGUCCCAGGUUUCAACAGUGUACCAACAGGAGGAUCCUCUAAUUGUGGGAUGUAACAGUGGAGGAAGAGCUAGCCGCGCUUGUGUUGAUCUUCUUAAUGCGGGGUUCAAGAAUGUUAAGAACUUGAAAGAUGGUUACUCUGCAUGGCUCGAUGAUGAAUUUAAAGGAGAUAAAUCAGUAGAGCAGUUUAAAACUGCAUGUAAAUUUCGUCCUUGA